GGAGAGCCACUUUUAAAAUCAAACAAGAAAUAUAAUGCAAAAGACUCAUUUUACAAGUCCUCUACACAAAAGGCUUAUGAAAUGGUUCCUUGGGACAAGAUGCUACCACCAAAACUUGAUCCAGAAGAAACAACAGUGGAAAAAGCUGCUGACCCUAUCUCACAGUGUUUUACACUGAAAAGAUAUGAAGGAUUGCCAGCAAUAACUCAGAUGGUUGGUGGACUAUGGGACAGAUUUCAAACAAGAUCUUUCUUGGCACCAGUCAAACCAGUCAAUUUUGUGAGUCCAAGUUCCAGAAGCAAAUACAUUCCUCUCUACACUGGUUGCGUGCAUUCUACAAAUGCUGAUGACAUUGACGACCCCCGUGGAGACAUCACAUCUCUCGCCAAGCCUCGCAACUCUGAAAUUCUUUAUACGAGCUCAAGUCGCUCUGCAAAUAUUCCAGGAUACACUGGUAAGGUUCAUUUCACAGCCACCCAUCCAGCAAAUUCUCAUCAUCCAUCAACGACCCCCUCGCCAGAUUCAGGAGUGCACCACAUCUUACAGAGAGAAAUGGCAGUUGACCUCUUCCGUCACCAGGGGCCACUGUCUAGAAUGGUCACAACUGUGAAACCCUACAACCCCUUCAAUAAGAAGGAAAAGGAAACUGUAGGCUACUGAAAGGGACCUGCCCUG